CUCUAAUCCGAAGCUAGAGGCUCUCAUACUCAGUUUCACUGGAAGCAGAAAAGAUAAGACGAAACGAUAUGUCUGUGUCAGCGAUCUUUGGCACCGGAAUCGCCACCGUCGCUUCAUCCCCGGCUCUCCGUCAGUUUCAAGUUCCGAAACUGGGAAACGGAGGAGGAGUCGGAGGAGGAAUGGGGAUGGUGAUAGAGUGUUCGUCGAGGCCGCAGAAGAAAUCGACGGCUCAUCACAGGAAGACGAGGCCGAAGAAGACGCAGCCUUGGGACAUUAAGAGGAAGCCCACCGUUUACGCUCCUCUCCCUCCUCUCCCUCCGGAUUGGUCUCCUCUCGCUCUUUCUUCCGACGACGGUGGUGCCACCGCCGCCGCCUCCGCCGGAGAUUUGGUUUCAGGCGGUGCCGCCGCCUAGUUAUGAGUUAUCUACUGUUCGGGUGUUGGAACCUAGUUGAGAAUUUGUGUCUGUUAAUGUGUUUCUGUUUCUUCUUAUGGACUUUUGUUGUCUGAACGGUGAAUGAAUGGACCAAACUUUGAAAAUUUUUAAUGCUUUCCUCUGUUUGUUUUUGGUAUAAAUGUCUCAGCUUUAUGCUCA